UGGAACUUGAUUGUCAUGGCUUUUUACACCACCCGGGUGGACGAUAAUGGUAACGAAAUAGAACGUCGCCACUCAGCGCGUAGCUUGGCGAUUUCCUUAAGUGCUAGCAGCACCAGCACUAACACGUCUCGCGUCAAUUUAAGUUCUCGAAGUUGCGAGACAAAGGCUAGCGUAAGAUAUAUAAAUCCUGCAGCUUUUAUUGAAAAAACACCAGAUCAAAGUGAGACUAGUAGUAUAAAUGAUGAGAAUAAACUACUACCGCCAUCAGAAAAUCAGAGCGAUAUUGUGCCACCUUUGGAUUUACAGUCGGAAGAUAACUAUCCUACUACACGUGAUUACACCUUCUCUUACCGCAAACACUGCGAAGCAGCUAAAAUUGUUUUAAAACCGGACUUAGCCUAUGAAACUUGGUUAUCUGCCAAAAGGAAACUUAUUUCUGAUGAAGCUGCGCGUCGCCGGAAGGCUGAAGAGCAGAAACGCAAGGAACAAGAAGCAAGAAAACGCCUUUCAGAAGAAAAGUUUCAACAGUGGUUGAAAACAAAAUCACGCCAAACUCGUUCGCAUGAAAUAAUCAAAACACAUGUUGAACUGGAAGAAAAACCAUCAAAAUCUCAAAUUAUCGAUGAAGAAGCACAAGCUAAACUGGAAGCUUGGGAACGCACAAAACAAAUAGAGGAGGAACAACGUCGUAAUAUUAAGAAAAAAGAAGAGGAACGACGUCGGGUUAUGGAAGAACAGCGACGGCAAAUGGCCGCGGAGGCAUGGAAGAAAUGGUUAGCUGAGGUGGACAAGAAGCCUCGACCGGUGCCACUUAAUAGAGGGAUAUUCACGUUACGUGGGACUAUAUCCGAUAUUUUCGUUAAUCCGAACGAGUGGAAAAGUACAAUUCCAAUAGAGGAAGAUUGACACUUUGUGUUUGA